CCAGGUUCGGCCGGACGGUGUUUUUGUUGUAAAGUAGGUCUCUCCCUCUAUAAGGCCGGAUGGCAGCUGCACACUGAACUGUUUUCUGUUUGUUGUCAUUCGUUGGAAUUUCAUUAUGGACGUAGUUUAAAGUUUCGAGAAAUGGGUCCUGGAUAAAGGAGGAAUAUUCCAGAAACGCCGUGGACUACGGGGUUUCGAUUCCGGCCCGCUGCCGUGAAGGAGCUUAGCAACCGGUAGUAGCAGGAGGAGUCGCCGGCCAUUGUGUGUCAGGAGCGGAUUUCUCCCCGCACUGAAGCCCCGCCCCCCACUCACCCCCCCGUAGCCUUCCUGAUUCUGUUCUGGGAGAGUUCAGACCAGUAUCAUCGCCAAGAUAGCCGGGCCAGGCAGGAAGAGGCACACCUCAGAUCCAGACCCCAGCAGCGAUAGUGAUUCCGGCGACGGGCGGCCUGCUAGUGCCAAGUGCCUGAAGAUGGCCAGCAGCGGUGGGACCGGCCUGGCUGGAGCCGAGACAGCGGGCCGUCGCGGUGGGGCUCAGCCGAGAGGAGGCAGCGGCAGGGACGGCUGCUCGGACCUGUCCUCUAGCACCAGUAAGAAGAAGCAGAAGGACAGAGCCAACCAGGAGAGCCGAGAGGCCAAGAGGGCAGCUGCAGCCGCGGCAGCGGUAGUAGAUGGGGUCAUCGCCGAAGUCAAGAAAGAUGUGUUUGUGGACUGGAAGCAGAAUGUUAAUGAAGUUACUGUCAGGCUGCGCUGUGGGGAGGGGGUGCAGAGGAUAGAACACAUCAACACCACAUUCACCGAUACACACUGCCACGUGUGCUUCCCUGAUGGACGACAGUGGAGUUGCCAGUUGCAGGAGGAAAUUGAGGCCUCGUGUAGCAGAGUCCAGUACAAGGAGAAGGGAGGAUUCCUGCAUGUCAUCAUGCACAAGAAGAUUCCCUUUCAUAUCUGGCCAUCGCUUAAGUCAAACAAGAAGGAGAAGGAGGCAGCACCUACCGAGACCAAAAAUGACAAGGAGCUGAAGAUAAUGCCUGUCACCUUGGAGUCAUCAGAGACACACAAACUGUCCUCCCCGCAGCCACAACUUCAUCCCUUACCUCCCUCCUUGCCUGCUCACAGCGAAUCAAGACUUGGUGGUGGAAAAACCGAGCGGGGUGUCAAGCGCUGCAUGAAAAACAAACCAGCGUGUGACAAGGCCACUGUGGACACUGUAGGGGUGAAUGGUGAAGCCGGAGAUGGCUCAGCCACCACCAACAAGCCUGUGACCAUCACGAGAGGUGAGCAGCAGCCUCAGGGACCCAGUGCCAAGCGCACCGUCGUACACCAACCCAAGACCACUAACGAGGCCACAGCAUCUGCUGACAAUGGCGCACAAUCCGUCAAGUCUGAUGGUAAAGCUUCACACACACACCUGCCCGCUGGUCGGAGGGAUGUAGAUAACAGAGCAGAGCGACUCGGGGAUGGUCAGGAGCAGAAAGCUGGAGCUGCUGUCGCGGCUCCCAGCCAUACCAACAACACUCAGGUGGAGGAGGAACGAAACCGGUCGUCAGACAGGUCUGGAGCAACAGCACAUGGUCAUGAAAACCAACCAGCAGCCCCCGUCAGCACCAGUGACUGUCUAAAGCCUGUCUGCUUCAACAAGGAAGUGGAACCAGAGCAAAAGCCAGAGAAAAGUCCUGUUGAGCAGGAAUCGGAGCAGGUAUUGGAGCAGGAAACUCCGAUCCGCCUGCAGCUGGGAUCAAGAGAGACGGAACCCGUACCAACUGUUGGCAUGGCUGCCAAACGAGAGCAGUCCCCCGGUGGUGCCCAGAGGCAGGGCAGCUGUGACGGAGAGGAGAAGAGGGAUCAGUCGAAGGAGGAGCCCUCGCUGGAGAUUAAGCAACAGGAAGCCCCAGAGCCAAUGGUUAACCUCCAAAUUGUGAAGAGCGAUUCGUAUGAGAAGGGCACCGAUCUGAUGGUGGUUAAUGUCUACAUAAAGGGAAUCUGCAGGGAAACAGCCAAGGUCAUCUUCAGGGAACAGGACUUCACGCUCAUCUUCCAGACAUGUGAUGCUAAUUUUCUGCGGCUUAAUUCCGACUGUGGAGCCAACACUGUUUUCAAGUGGCAAGUCAAACUCAGGAACCUAAUCCAGCCUGAGCUGUGCAGCUACUCGUUCACCCCGUCCCGGCUGGACAUCACUCUGAAGAAGAGACACAGCCAGCGCUGGGGGGGUCUGGAGGCCCCUGCACCACAAGGUGCAGUGGGUGGCGCCAAAGUUGCUGUGCCCUCCAGCCCGGCCUGCAUGGAGAAAAGCCAGCCAGGCAGCAGCCAGCACAGCCUCCCAGCCAAGGAGGAGCCGCCGAGGGUCGGGGAGGAGAAACCCAAGGCCUCGUCCAGAGUGGAGGAUGGAGGUCUGGAUAACGUGGCUCCUCGAACAGUCUCUGAGCAUGUUGCUAUUACCAAGCCAGAGCCCACGGUUAGUUCGCCCAAGCCUACCUGCAUGGUGCAGCCUAUGACACAUGCCCCUCCUGCUAGCAAUGAGCGGCAUGAGGAAGAGGAGGAGAAGAAGGUGUGCCUGCCUGGUUUUACAGGACUGGUCAACCUUGGCAACACCUGCUUCAUGAACAGUGUUAUCCAAUCCCUGUCCAACACCAGAGAACUCAGGGAUUACUUCCAUGAUCGAGCAUUUGAGGCAGAAAUCAACUGCAGUAAUCCGCUGGGAACAGGAGGCAGGCUAGCCAUCGGCUUUGCAGUGCUGCUCAGGGCCCUUUGGAAAGGAACACAUCAUGCCUUCCAACCCUCAAAGCUCAAGGCGAUUGUUGCCAGCAAAGCCAGUCAGUUUACGGGUUACGCCCAGCACGAUGCUCAGGAGUUCAUGGCUUUCUUGCUGGAUGGGCUCCACGAGGACUUGAACCGCAUCCAGAAUAAACCAUAUACAGAGACGGUCGACUCUGACGGACGUCUGGAUGAAGUGGUGGCAGAGGAGGCAUGGCAAAGGCACAAGAUGAGGAACGACUCCUUUAUAGUUGAUCUCUUCCAAGGCCAAUUCAAAUCCAAGCUGGUUUGCCCCACAUGCUCCAAGGUGUCAAUCACCUUUGAUCCCUUCCUCUACCUCCCAGUCCCAUUGCCGCAGAAACAAAAGGUGCUGUCCGUUUUCUACUUUGCUAAGGAACCUCAUAAAAAACCUAUCAAGUUUUUGGUUAGUGUGAGCAAGGAGAACUCCAGCACAUUUGAAGUCCUGGAAUCCAUAUCCAGAAGCGUGAGGGUCAAACCAGAGAACCUGCGACUGGCAGAGGUGGGGAAGAACCGCUUCCACCGCAUGUUCCUGCCGUCCCAUUCCCUGGACACGGUGUCCUCCUCUGACACGCUGUUCUGCUUUGAGGUGCUAUCCAAAGACCUGGCCAAAGAGAGAGUGGUUUUGCUCAGAGUACAGCAGAAACUCCAGGUCCCUAAUAUCCCCAUCUCAAAGUGUGCUGCCUGCCUGAAGCCUCCAGUGUCUGAGGAGGACAAACUGAAGCGCUGCACUCGCUGCUAUCGUGUGGGCUACUGCAAUCAAGUAUGUCAGAGGACCCACUGGCCCAAUCACAAGGGCCUCUGUCGACCCAACACGGAGCAUGUGGGCCUGCCCUUCCUGGCCAGCGUGCCAGAGUCUCGACUCUCCUAUGCCCGCCUCACUCAGCUUCUAGAGGGCUACUCCAGAUUUUCCGUCAACGUGUUUCAGCCUCCUUUCCAGUCAGGCAGGACAUCCCCUGAGUCAUCCCAGUGCCGAGCAGAUCUCCCCCCAAUGCCAGCGGCCUCAUCUGAUGGGUUUGGUUCUGGGGAUGAAGCCAUGGGUGGGAGAAGUCCUGUAGGAGCAGGUGACGGGGAGCUUAAGAGCCCCUCUCUGUUUCCUGAGCAGGGAGAGUGCGGCCUUGCCUCAGCCCCCCACUCUGUGGAGGCAGAGUCCCUCUCGUCCUCCCAGACCUCUCUCUCUACCACGCGUACCUCAGAUUCAGGAUUCUCUGAGCCAGUCACUACAACUUCCUGCUGCUCUCUGGACCCUCAUGCUGAAAAAGAGACGUCGUGUGAGAAGGCCGUGCGGCCAGAAGCUGCAGUAGCAGGGUAUCAACAACCAAGUGAGACAGCACCAGGUCAUGCCAGUCAGUUCUACAUCUCUCUGCUGGACUCUAACAACAAAGAACAGAGGCUGGAUGAGAGAGAGGACUUGCUCGCUGACCUCCCUGAAGACGUGACCUUGGAGCUGGUAUGGAAAAACAACGAACGCCUGAAGGAGUACGUGCUGGUGAGCUCUAAGGAGCUGGACUACGAGGAGGACCCCGGCUCUCUGAGUGAGACAGCCAGAGCUGGACACUUCACCCUGGAGCAGUGCCUUAACCUCUUUACCAAGCCCGAGGUGCUGGCACCAGAGGAAGCAUGGUACUGUCCAAAAUGCCAGCAGCACCGUGAGGCCUCCAAGCAGCUGCUGCUAUGGCGUCUGCCCAACGUUCUGAUCAUCCAGCUCAAACGCUUCUCCUUUAGGAGCUUCAUCUGGAGGGAUAAGAUCAAUGACAUGGUGGACUUCCCCGUCAGGAAUCUGGACCUGAGUAAGUUCUGUAUAGGCCAGAAGGAUGAGAUGCAACAACCUCCUAUCUAUGACUUGUAUGCAGUCAUCAACCACUACGGUGGAAUGAUAGGUGGCCACUACACAGCCUACGCUCGCCUGCCAAGCGACAAGAACAGCCAGCGCAGUGAUGUUGGCUGGCGUCUGUUCGAUGACAGCACUGUGACAAUGGUGGAGGAGAGUCAGGUGGUGACACGCUACGCCUACGUCCUGUUCUACCGGCGACGCAACUCCCCUGUGGAGAGGCCACCACGCUUCCACCGGCCCGUAGGAGCCGAGUCGCCCACCGCUGCAGGAGCUACUGCCAGCCAGGCCUCUCUGAUAUGGCGGGAACUGGAGCAGGAAGAGGAGGGGCUUGACGAAGGCCCUCGCAGACUGUUCCGCUCUGCGCUGUGGAGGCCGCAAAGUCAGAGGAGCAGGGAGGAGGAAGACAAGGAUAGAACAGAGGAGCCGGUACGACGGCACCGUGGGCGGAGGAUGUCGGAGUAUCCCGACGAUGACUGUGUGCGAUAUUUUGUUCUGGGCACACUGGUGGCAGUGCUGGCUCUGUUGGUCAAUCUGCUCUACCCUCUUCUUUACAAAGGCAAAUGAGCCUGGGCUGUGGCCAUGGCAGUCCAACAUGUGAAUGUAAGGUUAGAUGUAAACUGAAAGGGAGGAAGUUAAAGCCCACAGCAAGUAAAGUGGUUCUUCAAUCUAUCCAAUACUGCAAGUCAACCCUUUAAAAAAAACGUUGCCACUACUUCACACAUUACAAGACAUUGAGGACUUGUGUAGAGUAUUGUCUGAAGAAACUCCUGUAGUUAAAGCUGCAGUAGUGUUAGUCUGUCAGCGCAUCUGGUACAUUGUUAGUAAACUACUGUGCCUCAAUGCGCACAUCCCAUUUUUAACAAUAUUCAAUAGACAAUCAGCUCAUCUACCACCUUUAUUAAGGAAGUUUAUCGUGAGUCUGUUCUUAAUUAACUAAGUUUCGAUUCUUCCUAUUAUUUGUAGAAGCUAAGCUCUGUAGUUGUAUAGUUAUGUGUAAAAUACUUAUUAGCUGAGCGUAAUCACACAUUCAUUUCCUGUGCAAUAGUAAAGUUGCUCUUGAAAGCAACACAUGCAGCCACUAUUGAAGGCAUUUUUUUGUUUCUCUUCAAUCCUCUCCAACACUUCAGAGGAUUGUGGGUGAUUGUGAGACGGAAAAAUGGAUUAUGUCUGAACUUCUCUCUUUUUAAAGAUGCUGUAUCAUGAAGUAAAGUGUACCUUCUAAUUUAUUUGUGUGACGAAUUGCCGUCCAAAUUUUGCUAUGUCCCUACAUAUAACACACGUUUAUUUUUCAGCCUAAAAUUUGUUGUUAAUGUCCAGACAUUUUGUUAUGAAUAACCUGUUUCACCAAUUUCUAACGUUUGAUUUAAAUUGCUCUGUGUUUUUUUAUUGAAAAAAAUUUUACAAUCUGUUCUUAGUGGCUUUUAUUUAGCUAUUUCAAGCAAUAGGUAGAUGAGGAUUUUAAAGUUCUCAUGAUGAAUGUGGUUUACAUGACGAUGCAGUUUGUUCACAGCCAAGAAACGAGGAGCUACCGUCCACUUCUGAAUGUAACCUUUUUACUAUAUGUUGCUUUGCUUUGAGUGGGAAGCUUCAUAGGUUCUGAUUAUAGACAUGGUUAUACCUGUCACUUAAGCUGCUUUCAGACAUGCACUGAACUGAAUGAUUUUGUGACGUUGUCCAGAGGGGCUGUGAGAAUGCAAAUUUCCGAGUGAGAGGCGCCAGACUUGCUCCAGAGUUUUUCCUGCCAGCCCCUAAUAAGCCAAUUUGAGAACACAGCAGUAAAAACACAUUGACAGACCAAUGAAUGAAAACAAAAAUCUCAGGGUGAAAAAUAGGUGACAUACACAGAGAAGGGUUAGGGUUUUUGGUGAUAAGAGCCGGAGCGCUCACCUAAAUGCUCAGGAGACAACUGUUGUUUUUAAACGCGUCUUAGCAGAGAAUCUCCUGUUGUAUUGUUAAUGUGUGAGAUACAAACUGAAGAAAGUCCCGACCCAAUUAUAUGGAGUUCAUGUCUGAAAACGGCUUUACAAACUAUGUUAAUACUGUCUUCUUGAAAUACUGUGUGAUUGUUAACGGAUUUAGUUUUCACUUGCAAAACCCAAGAGACGUUUCUAAUUCACAACAUACGCCAGCCUAAGAAUGUACAGGGAUUUUUUUCAGAAUGUUUUACACUUGUUUAAACUCCAAACUGUCCAUAAUUGAUGUCUUUUCUCUGCAGUCAUUGCGAUUGAGUAUUUAGGUCUCAGGGAAAUCUCAGCUCACUUCUGGUAUCUACAUCGUGUAGAGCUACCUGUGUUUGCCUUAAAUGCUCUCAGCAUAGCACCGUCUGACUCUGUAUACUUGACUUGGAUAUAUGCAAGACUGAGGUCCACCUUAGGCAUGUGCUGAAUAUACACUACUGUGGGGAUAAACCUGAAAGUAUGAGUUAUCCCAGUAUAAAACAGAAGAACAGAUCUACUAGUCAUCCUAGAUUUUUGGAGCUUUUAGAACAUCUGUAUUUUUGUUUGUGAUUUCAAUGGAUCUGUCUAAAGGAUAAAACGACGUAUUUAUAUACAUAUAGUCUGCUGUAUGAUGUUAAUGCAAUGAAUAAUGUAUUUUAUGAGGAAAUACUCCUUAUCUGUCUAUAAUAUACUUUUAAAUUGAUGACUUGUUCAUAAAAAUCAUUGGGAGUACUGUAUUUCGAAGAAAAUUGUAACCCAUCUAAUUUCCCUGCAAUAAUGUAUCUAGAUACCUCUCAUCUAAAUGCUGCUUUCGAAUACAUAAAGCAUUGUGCUCCUUUUGGAAAUAAAAUCUCCAUCUAUUUAUAGUCUUCAUGUACAUUAUUUCAGUCCUGUAACACCUGCAGUGUUUUCUCCUCACAGAUAAAAGCUCUCCGAACACUAAACCAGCUUGAUUUAUUGUUAACACUGGUUUAUU